UGUCCAUCCGUCGUCAGUGGCAACGCCCAGCUGAUACCUGAUGUCGUUUGUUUGCUUUAAGCCACUACAGAGAAAAACUCUGUUUAAUAACAUGAUGACAUGGUUUCUGAGUGUUGCGACCAGGUUGCUUGAGUUCAGGUCGAAUUGGUGAAAUAAACCAGUUAUUAGUUAAUGGUUAUAAUUCCGGUACAAAUGUUGGUAUUUGACGAUCAGCAUCACUCGCGGUGAGUCCUCGUUACGUUGCUACAUCAUCAUCCCACCUCUCCACGUGACUCUGCGCAGCCUCUUUGUUCCCAUUCAGAGAUUUGAUGCACCAGAGAUGUGUCACGGUAAACCGUAACCCCCUCCCCUCCCAAUGACUGCUGGCCCUUUAAGGGUUAUGUAGCGGGGCCAGCCGAUGUAGGACGAGCCGACCGCGCGUCUGCCCGCUUGAGCUGGCGCCGCCAUCCCCAUCAUGGCCUCCGCGCAGCCGACACCACCGUGGAUGAACCGAGCAGCCAGCGGCUCUUCCCUUCCCGCAGCGGCGACGGACGUAAAGCCGAAGCAGCGGCACCGGUAGAGGGGAGCCGCGCCGGGGAGAGCCGCCUCACGCCCCCCGUCCCCGCCCCGGUCUCCUCCAUGCCUUCCUCUAAAGCCAAGUUCAUCUAUUCAAUAAAGAGGGGCGCGAACAUGGGCGGCGGCGGCGGAAACAUGACGGCCAGCCGGGAUUACAACCUCAAUCUGUCGGUGCAGCAAGUGCUGAGCCUCUGGGUGCAGGGCACGACGCUGCAGCACUUCACAGAGAUGUGGUACUGGGUGUUCCUGUGGUGUCUUUUCUCCUCGCUGUUUGUCCACGGCGCCGUGGGGCUGCUCAUGUUGGUCAUGCUGCAGCGCCAUAAGUGGGGCCGCCUCAUCACCCUGGUGCUGGUCAGCGUGGGUUUCCUGGCCUCCCUCUCCGGAGGCGUCAUCACCAGCGCGGCAGUGGCGGGCGUUUACCGGGUGGCCGGUAAGGACAUGGCUCCGCUGGAGGCGCUAGUGCUCGGCGUGGGCCAGACCACCCUCUCUGUCGUCAUCUCCUUCUCUCGCAUCCUGGCUACGCUGUGAGGAAGACCCCUGACAGGAUGAAGGACGGACGAUGGCACAGCAGCAGAGACUGGAAGCUGCUUUGUUGGAGGAAGAGGAGGAAGAGGAGCUGGGAGGCUGGACAAGACUUGGACCGGUCGUUGUGUCUUCUUUGUGCCAAAAUCCUUUUCUGGGACGUCCUGAGGCUCCUGCAGCUGCAGACUCUUAAGGUUUCUGUGGAAACAGAGACAAGAUGAGGAUGUGAUAAAAUCGGCGGUGGGUUUCCAGGAGCGACGAGCCUUCAGAAAAACAUUCCUCAUCCUCAUCGUCUCUUUAAGGAAGCAGCUUCAGAGCCGCACCGACCGGCUCACGAGCAGCAAGAAGCUCUGAAUUCUGCAUCUUAUAAACAUUGGUGGUGCCAUAAAACCAGCAUCAGGUUGGAUCAGCUUCCAGAUCAGCUCCACCUUCUUCCUGAUCUGCAUCUGGAGUCAUAGAGACAAACGCCACAGAGUCAGACCAUGGGCCCGUGUUAGCUCAGGAGUCCUCUAUAGAAACGCCCAACACACCAGAGGCGCUCCGGAUGCUAAGAGACGUUCACAGCGACCCGAACCAACCCUGAACCACAACCUGGUUGAGUCUGAGCUGGAGUCAGGAGACGGUUAGCAUAUCUUAGCUUGAAGACUGAAAGCGCAAAACCCUUUUAGUCCAAAAUCAGAAUUUGACUGGUUUCCUCUGCACAUCUACAAACAUCCAGAGACAGAAAAGUAAUGAAGGUUCUGGAUCAGGUCAGAUUUUUACAUCACUCACUCAUCAUACCACGUAGAUCCAUCAAAACACAUCAACUACCAAAAGGUUUAACUGGAUCUAAAAUUCCUCAAAAACCAGGUUAGAACCAAAACCUUAAACCCAGCAGGAACAAAAAAUCUCAUUUCAAUUAAUCAGUUUUAGUUUUUCCGUUUUUAAUCAGAUCCGUAAAAUAUUGACUGGAUUUAAACAAGAGACAGGAAGUCAGACUCGUCAUCCAAUCAGAUGAGGACAUCUGCAGGUGAACGUACUCACUGCGCCACCUGGUGGAAACAGGAAGUUCUACGUUGCUCCUUCCUGCAACGUCCGAGAAAGGUCGAGGUCUAGAGAACCUGGAGCAUCCCUAAAAUGUUUUAUACAGUCCCGUUCCAGAGUCCCGAUCUAGAGUCCUGAUCCAGAAUCCUGAUCUAGAAUCCUGUUCCAGAGUCCCGAUCCAGAGUCCCGAUCUAGAGUCCUGAUCCAGAAUCCUGAUCUAGAAUCCUGUUCCAGAGUCCCGAUCCAGAGUCCCAAUCUAGAGUCCCGAUCCAGAGUUCUGAUCCAGAAUCCUGAUCCAGAGUCCUGAUCCAGAAUCCUGAUCCAGAAUCCUGUUCCAGAGUCCCGUUCCAGAGUCCAGAUCAAGAGUCCCGUUCCAGAGUCCUGAUCCAGAGUCCUGAUUCAGAAUCCUGAUCCAGAAUCCCAAUCUAGAGUCCCGAUCCAGAGUCCUGAUCCAGAAUCCUGAUCUAGAAUCCUGUUCCAGAGUCCCGAUCCAGAGUCACGUUCCAGAGUCCCGUUCCAGAGGCCUGAUCUAGAGUUCUGUUCAGAGUCCUGUUCCAGAGUGCUGUUCUAGAGUCCUGAUCCAAAGUCCUAUUCCAGAAGAGUCCGGAUAGUCCUCACGUCAUUGUCUUCUCCAGCUUUCUGAAGGUCUUAAAGUCUCUAAAGGUUUUUCUGCUUUUUACCUCAUUUCUAGUCCUGUACUGGUACCAGACCAGUUUCAGAGGAACUUAACUCAGGAAAAAGGCUCCAAACUGAAGGGAGGAACCAGAGCUGUGUCGACACAUAAACAACUUAGCAAAGAACCAGUUUAAACUGGAUCUUUGUCAUCUGUUCCCAUUUCUUUGGUUUCAUCUGUAAAACCAGCAAAGAUCAGACAGAAAACAACAUGGUGGUUCCCAAAGACCUGAACCAGGACCUGAGAGAUGCAUCUGGACCUUCAGAUGAUCCACCUACUGUUGGACGAAGCCUCAUCAGAAAUGGUCUCCGUGGAAACGUGGCUGAAAAUCUUUAUUUAAAAAGUAUAUUUUAUACAAAGAAAUGCAACAAAAAGUGUUUUACAUUAAAAACAUAAUGAAUAAAAUCCGUCUUUACCAAGUCCCCCGUCAAGUCCCCCAGACCACAAACCUACCAGUCACACAUAAACACCACAUAUUCACACACACACACACAUAUAAACACACAACGUACAUAAAUUGAUGACACUAACUGCACCGAGGAAACUAAAACACUGGAAGUUUCAAUGAAAGAUUUUAAGCUAAACUAAAAAGAGUAAAAACAAAAUGCAAUAAAAUAAAAUUAAGAUGCAAUAAAUAAAAUAAGAUUAAAAAAGCAGCGAUAGUCUAGAAAGAUUGAAAAGCUUUACUAAAAAUGCCCGACGCUUCCAACACCCGUCUGCACAGAGAGCAGAAAGGCAGAAACAUCCACAGAGCUUUGGAAAGUCUUUCAAAGAUCCUGGAGAACUAUUCCUGGAGACUAUGAUGAGCACUGGUGGGAACUAGUUUAGAUAAUAGUCAUUAAUCAUGUGUCUCUGUGAUGGACUGGCAACCAGUCCAGGUGAACCUGCCCCUCGUCUGUUAAUUGCUGAGAUCGGCUCCAGCUUCCCUGCGACCCUGAACUGGACGAAGCGGUACAUAAAAUGAAUGAAUAAAAGUAUUAAUAGAAAACACUGAACAGGUCUGCUGGACCAGAAAAACUUAAAGAAAUGACAGAAAGCUUCUCUACGAGGGUUCAGACUUUAAGCUCCUUAGAACUGGACCAACUCUGGUUCUGACUCGGAUGCUGAUUUUAAAUUUAUGAUUAGUGUUAUGUUAGUAUAUUAUAUCCCGUUUCCAUGGAGAUGUCUGGGGACCAGAUCAGGACUUUGUUCUCUAACCUGCAGACAGAUGAGCCGUUUCUGGUUACAGACUCCACGUCGAGCUGAUCAAGUCUCCCGACCCCAGACUUGUACCAUCCCCCUGGUCUCCUCCUCCAGCUCUGAACCAAUGAAGAAGAAGAAGCACUGAGGCCUCAGGUCUCAGGCCUGAUCCAGGAUCAAUUCCUCCAGCUUGGGUUGGAGGAACGGUGUGUUUUGUAUACAAACUGCUGUCUAACUGUGAGUCCUCAUCAUCAUCCCUCCUCCCCCUCCUCUUCUUCAUGGUUGCAUUAACCAGCCUGUGUUCUUUACGUUGCACUGAACUGAGCCUGCCUUGUUUCUGGUGGAGACUGAAGAAUGUUCUAGAAGCUACUGCAGACGUCCUCGGGUUUUCCCAUAAUUCUUCCCGACAGGUGAUGCAGGGUCAGAGGUCGAAAUGCCAAAGUUCACAUUUUAGCUUUAUCCAUCCUCUUUCUCUCGUUUUUGUCGACAUGUCUGCCAGCGUAGAUGGAACAUUUGCACUUUGACCGUCCAGACUGGGAUGGAUCAGAUAAGAUGUUUGUUCAGAGGCCUCAUGGCUUCACCUGCAGUACCAGCUCAGCACACUGGGGGGCGGUGUUGCUCUGCACACAUCUGUAUGUUUUAGCCUUUAGGGAGCAAAUGUGAUGACUCGCCUGCCGUCACGGCGAUGAACUCUGCAUGUCUGUGUGUGUGCAUGUUUGUGGCAACGGGAUGUUCUUUAAACGGGCCAGAACUGGGAGAACUGGACUGGGUCUGUACAUCCUCAGCUGUACAUAGCAGCCAUGAUGAAGAAAGGGACGUAUCUGUGGUGUAUCUGGAGCGACGUCCCCUCUGUGACCAUGUACGGACAAUCCAACCAGAGACAAAGUGUUUAUAAUGUAAAAUAUGUUCUUUUUUAAUUUUAUACCAACCAGACUGCUAAUAUUUAUAACUACUGCCUAUUUAUGUACAAACCCUGUACUGUACAAACUCUACAGCCAGUUGAAAUAAAACCUUUUGCAGUA